AUGUCUGAAACAAUGUCGAAGGAUACAGAGGACAUGGACUACUUUAACGGCGAUUUUUCCAACGUCGUGGUUCUCUUCAAGGGUUUUACCAUAUCCACCAUACCCUCCUUCAUAUUAGCAUGUUUAUUCAUCAUAACGCUAUGCUGGUUCGAAAGACUGCUGAGUUAUGUCCUCGAAAAAUACAAAUACGAUAUAAACCGUUCUCGAAAUAGAUCUGUGCUUAUCAGAACCGCGGGUUACCUUGUAGCCACGAUUCUUAGAUUAUUCUACAUGCUAAUCACCAUGACUAUGAAUACGCAACUUUUCAUUGUGGUGGUCGUUGGCUUGGCCACAGGGCAAUUGAUCACCGAAUAUUUGCGUUCCAUUCCGAUCUAUUCAUCAACCCACACACUGGAAAACCAUCUCCCCAUUUCAAGAUUUGAUCACAAAGACGAUGAUGAUGACUUACCAUCGGAGAAUACCCUAGGCGAUGAUUCAGUUAAUGAGAAGAUUAUUGGCUACACAGAUGACUUUGUAAUUUCUAAUAUUCACAGUGAGGGGGAGAAUGAUGACGACGACGAUGAAUAG